AGCACAAUUUCUAAAACUAUUAAUAUUUAUCACAAAACCCUUCACCGAGUUUGCAAAACUGAAAGCACAAACAUUGCUUUGCACUUAGUUUGCAAUUUCGUAACACACACUUUGUAUAUGUGUAAACACAAUUCACUGCACAGGACUCCUUUUGCAAAACUGUAAACACAGCUCCACUGCUUUACACUCAAUUUCCAGAUGAUCUACACACUCCUAUCAAAACUAUACAUAUUUAUGGCUAUUUUUUACACAAUUCUGCCAACUGUCAGGCCACACUUUCACAUGUGAAAACUAUUAUUUAUAAUUACUUCACUUUGCAAUCAGCCUGAGCACUAUAAAUAAGCCACAGGUAAGCUUUUUGUGUGGAGAACAAUGGAAGGAGACAGAAGAGUAAGAGGAGUGAGAGUAAGAGGAGGGCGAGGAAGAGGACUUGGAGGUGAAGAAGCAGGAGGACGAGGACGUGGACAAGGAAAUGAAUUCGGAGGAAGAGGAGGAGGAGGUGCAGAAGCAAGAGGGAGAGGAGGACAGGGAAGACAAGGAGGAGCACUUAGAGGAAGAGGACAACGAGGUGCACUUAGAGGAAGAGGACGAGGAGGUGCAGAAGCACAAGGAGAACGAGGAAGGGAAGAGGAACGGGAAGGAGUACGAGUAAGAAAUAGAAUCACUGAUGUCAUCAGAGCUACAAUAGUGGACCAUGUAAUCAACCAUGGCAUGAGCCUAAGGGAAGCUGGCCAACGGGUUCAACCCAACCUGAGCCGCUACACUGUAGCAGGCAUCAUAAGAACAUUUCGAAAUGAGAAUCGAAUUGUUAGACAACCUGUUGCUGGGGGCAGAAGAAGACUAUUCACGGCUGAACAAGAGACCCACAUAGUGAAUAUGGUGCUGGCAAACAACUCCAUAAGGCUACGAGAAAUACAGCAGCACAUAAUAGAGGAUGACACAACAUUCGAACACAUAAAUAAUGUGAGCAUCUCUGCAUUAUCUCGCAUACUGGCACGAAACCGAAUAAGGAUGAAGCAGGUCUAUAGGGUCCCAUUUCAAAGAAACAGUGAACGUGUGAAACAACUGCGAUAUGAAUUUGUGCAGGUAAGCUUACUGUAUCAUUGGUACUCAAUCUGGAAGUGCAUACUGUGUGCUGUGCAUGGGCCUGCUGUGCUGCAUUUGUUUUGCCUUUCCAGAGUGAUGGCCCUAGAGGCAGAUGCCAUGGGUCAUGAGCUGGUCUUUGUGGAUGAGGCAGGCUUUAACCUCAGCAAAACCAGAAGACGGGGAAGGAACAUUAUUGGACACCGUGCCAUAAUCAAUGUCCCAGGACAGCGCGGUGGAAACAUUACCAUGUGUGCAGCCAUCAGUCAAAACGGUGUUGUUCACCAUCAUGCAACUCUGGGCCCAUACAACACUGCACACAUUCUUACAUUCCUGGACACCCUGCAUGACAUAUUCACUAUCGUUCAGAGACCAGAGCCGACCAGAUAUGUCAUCAUAUGGGACAAUGUUAGUUUCCACCGCGCUGUUUACCGACUGGUUUACCGAUCACCCGGAAUUCAUUGUGGUCUACCUCCCCCCUUACUCUCCAUUCCUAAAUCCCAUUGA